ACAUUCUAAGGUCUUGCUCAAAAUGAUUGACUCACUGAGAAAUGAAGUACUUCGAACUAAAUUCCUGUAAAAUUCGCGCGAAAUUCGUGUGUUCUAAACGGGAAAUCAAUUUCAACCACCUUCCCUCCAUUCAAUAUAACGAGCUCUUCGACUCUCCAACACCAAGUCCACUCUCUCCGGUCUCCAACCAGCUAAGAACUUGCACGAGCAAACGCACAGCAUCCGAAAAGGCAAAGACGGCAAGAGGCCGUCAUGGCCAAGGAGAUGGAGGAGGAGCCGGCGGACAUGCCGCGGGUGGUGGGCGUGCUCUCCGCGCUCCUGGAGCGCGUCGUGGAGCGCCACGACGCCGCGGCGGGGGCGGGUCAGCUUGCGGCCGCGUCGUCCGCGUCCGCGGCGCCGGUGGCGCUGGCGCCGGCGUCGGCGUUCCGGGCGACGACGAAGCCCGGCAUCUCGGUGCGCUCGUACAUGGCGCGGAUCGGGCGGUUCGCGGGGUGCAGCCCCUCGUGCUACGUGGUGGCGUACGUCUACCUCGACCGCCUCCUGCGCCGCGGCCGCCGCGCGCUCGCCGUGGACUCGUACAGCGUGCACCGCCUCCUCAUCACCGCCGUCCUCGCCGCCGUCAAGUUCAUGGAUGACGUAUGCUACAACAACGCCUACUUCGCCCGGGUCGGCGGCAUCAGCCUGCCGGAGAUGAACUACCUGGAGGUGGACUUCCUGUUCGGCGUUGGGUUCGACCUCAACGUGUCGCCGGAGACGUUUGGGCACUACUGCGCCAUCCUCCAGUCCGAGAUGCUGUGCCUGGAGCUGGAGACUCCUCCUCCACCUCCUGCCGCUGGUUGUCCAAGGCCGAACAUCUGCAGCCUGUCUGAAGACGACGCUACCAGCAGCGGCAGUAGCACUCAGCAGCAGUUAGCUGCCUAGAGACAGGUACAGGGAUUGCUUCCAAGCAAGCAAGCGUACAUGUGCUACAUAUACUGUAUUCCAUGCUUG